CUUGCUGUGCAACACACAAACCACAGCCAUCAGAUCCCAGCCUCCUUCCUGCUCAUGGGAAUUCCUGGCCUUGAGGCAUCCCACUUCUGGCUUGCAUUUCCCUUCUGCUCCAUGUAUGCCUUGGCAUUGCUUGGCAGCAUGGCAGUGCUGCUGGUGGUGCAUUCAGAGCCCACCCUGCACCGGCCCAUCUACUUAUUCCUGUGCAUGCUGUCCACCAUUGACUUGGUGCUCUGCACCUCCACCGUGCCCAAGCUCCUUGCCCUCUUUUGGGCAAAUGCUGCUGAGAUUGCCUUUGGGGCCUGUGCUGCCCAGAUGUUCUUUAUCCAUGGUUUCUCAGCUGUAGAAUCUGGCCUCCUGCUAACAAUGGGUUUUGAUCGCUACUUGGCUAUCUGCCAGCCACUGCACUAUGGGUCACUGCUGCCUCCAGAGUCUGUGGGCAAGUUGGGGGCAGCUGCUGCACUCCAUGGCUUGGGGCUCAUGACCCCACUUACCCGCUUACUGGCAAAGCUGACUUACUGUAACCGAGUGGUGGCCCAUUCCUACUGUGAACAUAUGGCUGUGGUAAAGCUGGCUUGUGGGGAUACACGGCCAAACAACAUAUAUGGCAUCACUGCUGCCACACUGGUGGUGGGCACUGACUCCAUCUGCAUUGCCAUCUCCUACGCACUCAUCCUCCAGGCUGUGUUAGACCUCUCCUCCAAAGAGGCAAGGGCUAAGGCUUUUGGCACUUGUGGCUCCCACCUCGGUGUCAUCCUCCUCUUCUACACACCAGGACUCUUCUCAUUCUAUACUCAGCAUUUGGGCCAACAUGUACCUAGGCACAUCCACAUCCUCCUGGCUCACCUCUACCUCAUUGUGCCUCCCAUGCUUAACCCCAUCAUCUAUGGGAUGAAAACCAAACAGAUCCGGGAUGGCACCCUCCGACUGCUGAAGAGGAGCUCUGCUCAGCCAUGA